UUGGAGAGAUGCUAAUUCCAAUCGUGGCAUGCAGCGCCAACGAAGCAACCCUAAAACGCACAGUGGCACCGACCGACGUCUUCAAUGCGAUUUCGGAGCUCGAGUUUGAUGGAUUCCAGGCGCGGUUGGAGAAGGAGUUGGAUGCGUUUACGGAGUUGAAGGCUGGGAAGAGACGGGCGAAGAAGGGGGAGGAGGAGAUGGGGAAGGUUGGUGAGGAGGAAGAGGAGGAAGAGAAGGAUCGGGGGGCGAAGAGGGUGAAGAGGGGGGUCGAAGGGGAAGAGAAGCUGGAGGAGGGGGAUGGGGAUGAGACGCAGGAGGAGCAGGAAGUACCCGAGCAUGAGACGGAGGAGGAUGAAGAGGAAGAAGAGGAGGAGGAGGAGGAAGAGGAAGAGGAAGAGGAGCAUAAGGAGGAGAAUGAUAUUGAUCGGGUGGAGGAUCUGGAUCGUGAUGUCCGAGCUAAUCGUCUGAUGAAUCCCGAUGUGGAAGGAGAUGAAUCCGAUAGUGAGGAUGAGGAUGGUCCCGGGAGUCAGCUGCGAGGGGACUUAGGACUGGGUUAGAAUGUAUUAAGGAUGGUAUAGUAUGCUGGCAACGAUGUUGCAUGACUAUCACUCUGAUCAUAUCCAAUGUACAAUGUGUUGAUACCC